AGUCGGGAGGGAACACCAGAAACACCAAAGCAGAAGUUGUUAGACAUUAUCGGUAAUAUGAAAGUUGAAGUCAGCUACAGGAAGAAACUCCAGCAGUUAAAAACACGUGAGAUCAAAAAGCAAGCCACAAACAAGCUGGAAGGCUCAGACAGUGAAGAUACUAUGCCUCAGAGAACUACACAAGACCUCCACCGAGAAAAGCCUUUAAAUCCAGAACUCAUGGAAGCUGCUUCUGCAGUUGCGUCUUCCCUACCACUCAACAAGAAACAGACAGUCUCAGAACUACUUGCACAACUUAGAAGACACGAAGAAACCACAGAUAAACAGAAAAAGGGGGGAACUGUUAACAUACGCAACGUUAUUUCAGAAAUGGCAGUUAAAAGGCAGUCCCCAGCUCAGAGAAGUGUGAGGAUAUCCAAUCGCAUUUCCUUGGAGUUGGAUGAAGAUGGUCAAAGAACCAAGCCUGAAAGAUUCUCACCUCAGUCUUUUGACUCCACAAGAAGUCUCAAAGUAGGAAGGAGGCUUAAUAUAUUCACUAAGGCUUCUACAGAAACAGAAAACGCACUGAAAACAGUAUCUUCACCAACAAUUUGGGAUCUGGAAUUUGCAAAGGAGAUUGCAGCCAUAACUGCACAGCCUCCCCGAAAUGGUUUUGAGGAGAUGAUCCAGUGGACAAAAGAAGGAAUACUGUGGGAGUUCCCAAUUGACAAUGAAGCUG